AUGCCUCGAACAGUUCUCAUCACAGGCUGCACUCCAGGUGGCAUUGGCCACUGCCUCGCCAGCGAAUUCAAAUCGAAAGGCCUCCGCGUCUUCGCCACCGCGAGGAAAGCAGAAUCUAUCAGCGACUUGGAAAAGCAAGGCAUCGAGACGCUUUCCCUAGAAGUCACAGACCUCGACAGUAUCAAGGCGUUGAAAGAGGAAAUAUCUAAACGGACUGGAGGUACCCUCGAUAUACUUGUCAACAAUGCUGGACGGAAUUACACGGUUCCUGCUCUGGACGUCGAGAUCGAGGAGGUUCGAGCGUUGUUCGAGGCGAACCUGUUUGGGGUCAUGAGGAUGUGCCAGGCUUUCGCUCCUCUUUUGAUCAACGCGAAGGGGACGAUUGUUCAAAUUGGUUCUCUGGCGGGGAUCAUGCCGUACGUUUUUGGAGGCGCAUAUAAUGCAUCCAAGGCUGCUCUUCACGCCUAUACGGAUACCCUUCGUGUAGAACUCGCGCCAUUCGAUGUUCGCGUGGUCACCAUUGUGACUGGAGGAGUCAAGAGCAACAUCGCCCGGACGCAUCGAAGUCUCCCUCAAGAUUCGAUCUAUCUGCCAUUGAAAGACGAGUACGAGGAGAGGCAGGUUCACAGUCAAGCUAUGGGGAUGCCCACCGAAGCGUACGCGAGGACUGUCGUGCAGCAGGUGCUGUACAACCCGAAGAAGGACACGGUAUGGGCUGGAGGCAAGUCCUGGCUCGUCUGGUUCGUGUCUGUGUUCUUCCCACGGAAGAUCUUUGAUAUCGCCAUGACGCGCAUGUUCAAGCUGUACAAGCUGAGACAGGCGCAGCAGCAGACGAAGAAGGUGACCUAA